AUGAAGCGAAGCUUAUCUGUGUGGUUUAUGUUGUUGAUUGUGCUGUGGGCCGGAUACUUAGCGAAAGCUCAACAGGAGGAGAUUUUCGACACAGAGACUGAAUCAGAAUCCACCGAUCCUAUUGAUGCCGCCAACCAGCUUGGUACCAACCAACCAUCAGGUGGUAACAGGGGUGGUCGAAUCUAUGGUGGAGUGCCAGCAACAAGUGCCAACCAACCUUACGCAGCGUUGAUUAUCGCAAACAGUGACUCAGGUGUAUCACAGAUAGCUGGUGCCAUCAUUAACAACACUCAGGUUAUCACUUCUGCAUCCGCUUUGCUGAGUCUGGGAAACAUUACUUCGAUGUUUUUGUAUGCUGGUAGUUCACCAUCAAUGACAACAGCAAAAUAUUAUUACCAGAAAAGCUUUGCAAUACACAGUGGAUAUGAUGCGAACAACUUUGCAAACGAUGUGGCUGUAAUAACCAUUGACGGCACCUUCGCCGGACAAAAAAACAUGAAGCCCAUAGUAAUAUCGACCACGCAGCUUGCGGUAUCGACCACGAGUCGCACAAAGUGCGUAGUACUUGGCUACGGUCAAAAUGCGGAUGGUAGCAAUACUCGUAUUCUGUCUCAAGCCGAUUACGAGCUGCUUACUGAUCAGGAGUGUGCAGGGCUUGGUGUCAAUCCUCCCUCGAUUCUAUGCGCAAGAUCAGUGCAAGGUUAUGCUUGCAACUUUGACGGUGGUGCUCCACUGGUGUGCAAUGGUCAGUUGUAUGGGAUACUUACUGCUCAAACUGAUUGCAUACCUUCCAGUGAUGCGAAAAUUCAAAAAUUUGCAAAGCUACCACUAAUUAGCAUUCCAUGGAACCCCGCAACCCUACCGCCAGCAAUUACUACUCAAACGAUAUCGACUACCACUCAAACGACGUCGACUACUACACAAAUGACGUCGUCUACUACACAAACGGCGCCGACUACUACUCAAACGACGUCUUCUGCUACAAUAACGACGCCGACUACUAUCAACACGACAUCAAUCGUGGAAGUGAUCGGUAGUACUAUGAUGAAGCCAAGUGUGAAGCUGAUCUUGUUGUUGUUGGUGUUCUACGGCGAAUAUUUCGCGAACGCUCAAGAGCAGUACGAGAUUUCCGACUCAGAAAGUGAUGUGGAAUCUACUGAUUCUACAGACUUCGAUGAGCAGAAUGCUACCAUCCAAUCAGCAGACGGUAACAGAGUUGGAUGA